UGACCAACUGACUGCAAGGAUGAAGUCCCAAAGCCUCUUCUUAUUGUCCGUGCUUGUAGCUGUGGUCUCGACAGCGCUUGGAGGUGGUUUAAAGGAAUCAGAUGAUUACGAUCAUGGAGAUGGUUACGAUCUUGGAGUUGGAUUAGUUGGAGGUGGUCUUGGUCUAGCAGGUGGUUUGGGUUAUGGUUAUGGAGCUGGUUAUGGUUACGGUCUUGGAGGUGGUCUCGGUCUAGGAGCUGGUGUCGGAGUCGGAAGUGGUCUCGGUCUAGGAGCUGGUUAUGGUUACGGUCUUGGAGCUGGUGUCGGUCUAGGAGCUGGUGUCGGAGUCGGAAGUGGUCUCGGUCUAGGAGCUGGUUAUGGUUACGGUCUUGGAGCUGGUGUCGGUCUAGGAGCUGGUGUCGGAGUCGGAAGUGGUCUCGGUCUAGGAGCUGGUUAUGGUUACGGUCUUGGAGCUGGUGUCGGUCUAGGAGCUGGUGUCGGAGUCGGAAGUGGUCUCGGUCUAGGAGCUGGUGUCGGUCUAGGAGCUGGUGUCGGAGUCGGAAGUGGUCUCGGUCUAGGAGCUGGUUAUGGUUACGGUCUUGGAGCUGGUGUCGGUCUAGGAGCUGGUGUCGGAGUCGGAAGUGGUCUCGGUCUAGGAGCUGGUUAUGGUUACGGUCUUGGAGCUGGUGUCGGUCUAGGAGCUGGUGUCGGAGUCGGAAGUGGUCUCGGUCUAGGAGCUGGUUAUGGUUACGGUCUUGGAGCUGGUGUCGGUCUAGGAGCUGGUGUCGGAGUCGGAAGUGGUCUCGGUCUAGGAGCUGGUUAUGGUUACGGUCUUGGAGCUGGUGUCGGUCUAGGAGCUGGUGUCGGAGUCGGAAGUGGUCUCGGUCUAGGAGCUGGUUAUGGUUACGGUCUUGGAGCUGGUGUCGGUCUAGGAGCUGGUGUCGGAGUCGGAAGUGGUCUCGGUCUAGGAGCUGGUUAUGGUUACGGUCUUGGAGCUGGUGUCGGUCUAGGAGCUGGUGUCGGAGUCGGAAGUGGUCUCGGUCUAGGAGCUGGUUAUGGUUACGGUCUUGGAGCUGGUGUCGGUCUAGGAGCUGGUGUCGGAGUCGGAAGUGGUCUCGGUCUAGGAGCUGGUUAUGGUUACGGUCUUGGAGGUAAGAAUCGGAAUUCACAUUAUCUCCUCCUUAAACCUACAUCUGGGUCUCUACAGAGUUCUGCGACAGAUCAGAGACCAUUCUAUGCCCCCAAAGCACUCCUAGUUGGGUGUCAUUCGCAUACGUGUAGUUGA